AUGGUGCGACGCAAACAGCCCCGCCGAGGGAACAAGGGAGAGCGAUUGAACAGCACUCUGGAAGAAGCCUUGCGCGGGGGCGGAGGCGGCAGGGCUGCGAUGGCCGAGUCACUGCCCCCAGAGAUGAUCACAUAUAUUCUGAGCUUCCUGCCUCUGUCAGAUCAGAAAGAGGCCUCCCUCGUGAGUCGGGCUUGGUACCACGCAGCCCAGAAUGCCCUUCGGGAGCAGCCAGGCCUUACCUCCCUGGACCUCAGUGGCUGCUCAGAACUGUCCGACGGGGCGCUCCUGGCCGUGAGCCGUGGCCUGCGGCGCCUGCGGCACCUGAGCCUGAGGAAGCUGCAGCGGCUGACCGACGUGGGAUGCAAGGCUUUGGGGGGCCUGCGGGAGCUGCAGUGUCUAGACAUGGCCGAGUGCAGCAUGGUGAGCGGGCAGGAACUGGCCUCAGCCUUGGGCUCAGCAUGUGGAGCCCCACCCCCACUGGCCUCCCUCAGCCUGGCCUACUGCUCCUCACUCAAGCCACAUCCAGAGCUGGAGCAUCCAGCUGUGGGCCCCAAGGAGCUCCCCAUCCAGCCACAGGGCCCCUCCCUGCUCAUGCUGCAGACCCUGCAGGAACUGGACCUCACAGCCUGCAGCAAGCUGACUGAUGCCAGCCUGGCCAAGGUGCUCCAGUUCCCCCAGCUGCGGAAGCUGUCGCUGAGUCUGUUGCCCGCAUUCACAGACGUGGGUCUGGUGGCCGUGGCCAGGGGCUGCCCGAGCCUGGAGUACUUGGCGCUGAGUCACUGCAGCCUCCUCAGUGACGAGGGCUGGGCCCAGGCAGCUGGCUCCUGGCCGAGGCUGCAGCACCUCAACCUGUCCAGCUGCAGUCAGCUCACAGAGCAAACCCUGGACACCAUCGGGCAGACGUGCAAGCAGCUCCGGGUACUGGAUGUGGCUAUGUGCCCUGGUAUUAGCGUGACUGCCGUCAGACGCUUCCAAACCCAAUGGUCCCAGGUGACCUGUGUCCAGUCCCGAUUUGUGGGAGGGGCUGACCUGACCCUAACACUGUGA